UGCAAGCAAGGAGAGGAAAAGAAAAAGGAAGACUAGAAAGGGAGGAGGGAAAAAAGGAAAGAAGCUUGGGAUUUGAAGAGCCUUGACUCGUAGUAGUAGUGAAUCCAGGUUUGUGUGCCGGUGAAGGAGGCACUCGUGCCAGGAACACAAGAGGGAGGAGGCUACAACCUCGACUGUGACUGACAGCUUGCGCCCCACGAGCGAAGAGGAGGAAGCUCUGAGGAACGAGAGGUAGAGUGAGAGAGAGAGAGAGAGAGAGGAAGAGGGAGGAGAAGGUAAACGAGCGAAGCUGAGAAGCAGGAACAGGCACGCUUUCCCCGUUCCUCCUGAUUGUCCGAGGGAACCGGCUGACCCCACCAUGAGCCACUGCAGGAAGAGGUGCAAGCGGCAGCUGACCAAAGUGGCCCGCUACUUCUACAGGUUCCUCACGGGUACCCUGACCCAAGACAGCAUCGAGGAUGACUUUGAGCUGUCCACCGUGUGCCAUCGGCCGGAGGGGCUCGAGAAGCUGCAGGAGCAGACCAAGUUCACCAAGAAGGAGCUCCAAGUGCUCUACAGGGGCUUCAAAAACGAAUGUCCCAGCGGUGUUGUGAACGAGGACACCUUUAAAGUCAUCUACUCCCAGUUCUUCCCACAAGGGGAUUCCAGUACGUAUGCACAUUUCCUCUUUGAGGCAUUCGACACUAACAAGAAUGGCUCAGUUAGUUUUGAGGACUUCGUCAUCGGCCUGUCCAUCAUCCUCAGGGGGACGAUAAACGAUCGGCUAAACUGGGCCUUCAAUCUCUACGAUCUCAAUAAAGACGGGUGCAUCACCAAAGAGGAGAUGUUGGACAUCAUGAAGUCCAUCUACGACAUGAUGGGGAAGUACACGUAUCCCUGCAUGCAGGAGGAUGCUCCCAGAGAGCAUGUCGAGACCUUCUUUCAGAAAAUGGACCGUAACAAUGAUGGUGUUGUCACCAUUGACGAGUUCAUUGAGUCAUGCCAAAAGGACGAGAACAUCAUGCAGUCCAUGCAGCUGUUCGACAACGUCAUUUAGGGCCGUGCCCUGUCGGAGAAGAGGGGACGGGGGCCGAGACGAACGACCCAGACCUGGAACCGGUCAGCCAGCUGCUGACCAGCCUCCUGCCCUCCUGCCCCCUCCUCCAUGCAGCCAGAGGACCGCCGUCAUUCCGUUUCUUUCUUUCUCCCAGAGACAUAGUGGAAGAUGCAUCAGGGCUGGCUUCUAGACCCACUCCAAUAAGUUCACCUUCUUUUUGUUACAUUCCUGAAAGGGUUCAAACGGGUCGGCUGGACUCGAGACGUAGCCAGACCAACGUGUCGGACAGCAAACUUAGACUCGGAGGGUAGCAUGGACCUUGGCUACGAGCGAAAGGAACUGUGAAACCUGGCCAACAACAAGCUGGAAGUUCUUGCGCGCGGACGACGGCGCCAUUGUAACUUUUAUUUUUAAUUUUUAUCCAAUCGCUGACUGGUUUUCUUAACGCAUG